UAAUCCAGGAUGGAGCCUGUUUGGCUUCUUCUCCUGCUCCCAUCUCUCCUCACAGGGCAGGAGUCUCCGGACAUCCCACCACGAGUCAGAGUGAAGGCAGACAACAGCACUGACUCUUUAACAAACAGUACAGAGACUGCAGAGAUCUCCACCAGCCCCUCCAGUUCCUUCAAACCCCCAGAGCCUUUUGGGUUUGCAGGGACACCCUCAGAAGCUUCCACAGAGGAUGUGGAUGACUGGUCACCAGCAGAGUCCUUCUUGUACACGGGAGACCCCUCCACCCUGGAAGCAGCUCACUGCUCACGGGCAUACAGCUCACCAGAGCAGACGGGGCCCCUGCCCAGCAGCUUUGACGUCCCCCUCCAGCCGACUCUAGAUGCGCUGGCCAACACGGCCAACUUCCUCAACAUGAUCUUCCAGGCCAGUGACCUGCGGGAGAGCACGAUGCAGGAAGACAUGGAGUGGUACCACGCCCUGGUCCGCGCCCUCCUGGAAGCAGACGUACUCAUUCAGCGGGCCCUGCUCACUUUUGACGCUGACCCCACCGCCACAGUCCCUCAGCUAGUGCUGCGUGCCACCCGCAACCCAACAGCCCAGGUACAGACCAUUGUCCUCCAGGACUUAUCCAAGGCCUGGGAGAGCCUGCACCCGCCUGCUCCUGCCCCUGACGACAGCUGGUACCGAAGCUUUAAAUUCCCAGAGUCCAGCCAGCUGACAGCAGCCCUGUCCAAGCGGGUGCUCCUCAAUGACCUCAGCACCUUGGACACACCUAAGUGGGGACGGGGCGACAGCUAUGUGACCAAUCGCAGUGGGGUGCGCUGGGCCAGCACCCCCUUCCUUGACUGUAAGGACGGACGCUUUGUUCCUGGCUGGAUGCUCACGCUGUCCACAUCUUUCUAUGGCCUGAAGCCUGACCUGACGCCAGAGUUCAGAGGUGUGAUCCGUGUGGACGUCAACAUUCAAGACGUUGACUUGGACCAGUGUGCAACAAGAGACGCCUGGUUUGCUGAUACACACCAGUGCAACCGCACCAGCAUGGAGUGUGUGCCACUUCAUGGCCGGGGCUUUCGGCUGGGUCAGUACUGCUGCCGCUGUAGAGACGGUUACUACAACCCUGAUCCUGGUCCUCAGGACGCCGAUGGCGGCCCUAUGAACGGGAGUGACGCCGGUGGUACGUGUUACCCGAACAUGCCCAUCUGUCUCCCGUGCUGGCCGGGCUGUAAGAGCUGUCAGGACGGUGCCCCCUGCUGGGUGCAGGAAGACUGGCUCCUCAGGGCCGCCGUGCUGGCGGUCCAGGGGGUCUUCAUGCUCCUCAUCUUCAUCAGCAUGCUGGUGGCCUACAGGCACCGUCGAAACCGAAGGAUCCGGGCGUCCGGCCUCCUGCUGCUGGAGACGAUCCUGUUCGGCUCUCUGCUCCUCUACUUCCCGGUCUUUAUCCUGUACUUCAAGCCAAGUACCUUCAGGUGUAUCCUGCUCCGUUGGGUCCGAAUGCUCGGCUUCUCCAUCGUCUACGGCACAGUCACACUGAAAAUGUACAGGGUGCUGAAGGUGUUCCUCUCCCGUACGGCCCAGCGGGUGCCCUACAUGUCCAGCUUCCACCUGCUGAGGAUUCUGGGAGUGAUGCUGAUGACAGUCAGCUGGUUUCUGUGUGCGUGGACAGUGGGUGUCCUCCAAAAUCGUGACAGGAACAUCCCGGUGUUCAUCUCAACCACCACGUCAGACGGACAAGGGUUCAACCUGUGUUACCUGGAUCGCUGGGACUACAUGAUGGCUGUAGCUGAGCUUCUGUUCUUGUGCUGGGGAAGCUCGCUGUGGACUGCUGUCAGGCCGGUCCCCUCAGCCUUCCAUGAACCUCGUUACAUGGGUAUCGCCAUCCACAACGAGCUGCUUCUCUCCUCCAUGUUCCACCUGUUCCGGUUUACCUUUCCCUCUCUCCAUCCUGAUUGGAUGUUGCUGCUCUCCUUCACGCACACCCACGUGACCAUCACGGUGACACUCGCCCUGCUCUUCAUUCCCAAGUUUCUUUACGUAUCCAAGCCUGUGAGAGAGGAGAUCGCAGCCGAAGUGUAUGAAGAUGAAGUGGACCUGCGGCGCUCUGGCUCGUACCUCAACAGCAGCUUUCACUCUGCUUGGAGUGAGCACAGUGUGGAACCAGAUGACUUUCGGGAUGAACUGAAGAAGUUAUAUGCCCAGUUAGAAGUCCACAAGACAAAGAAGAUGGCUGCAAACAACCCUCAUCUGUCAAAGAAGCGAAGUUCUCGAUGUGCAUUGGGGAGAUCAAUUAUCAAACGCAUUGCUGAGAUCCCAGAAUCCAUGAGCCGACAGUGUAGCCGUGAGGAGAAAGAUGGAUCCUUGCACAGUAGAAGUAUAAAUCAGUCUGACUCUUUUAAGAGAGCCCCAGAUAAUUUCAGUAUCAGUAACAAAAACUCAAUGAAAUCACCAUCACCAUCCAUGCACAAGUCCAAAAGUGAUCAUCACUAUGUCAGGGAAAGUGCUGGGGGUGCAGGGAAAGAAGGGAUUGUAAAGAGAUCCUCUCAGAGAUCUGAAACAGACUCCCUGGAUAUUCCAUCAAGGGUAUGCAAGUCAUCCAGUGCCCAAAAUCUGACAGUUGACACCAAUCUCCUGCAUCCAGAUCACACUAGGCUUCAUAAGUCUUGGAGUCUAACUUCCAAUUCAACCCAUUCUAUGGAGAAUAUACCCAAGAUUAACAGAGCCAGCACAUUGCUGACAAGGUCCAGGCAGAGCAUUUCCAUUAGUGACCAAACCAGAAGUGCUCUCCAGUCAGAGCCAUUUGACAAGGCUGAGAUCUGUCCUUGGGAGGUGGAGAAAGAGCCAUCAGGGGACAAGAACCAGAAGCACGUCACUUACGCAAACUCGGAAGAUGGUGAGCAAAAAAAGCCACUAUCUCCAUUGGCACUUAUCUGUCCGUGGGACCAUUUACCACCUGAAGAAACAAAGGACAAAGGAGUACAAGGUGAAACCGAGUUGCCCAAAGCCCAGGCUCCGGUCUCUGCUAGUGCACCAGGCUCUCCAAGGCCAAAGAUCACCAAAGAUCAGCAUGUCUUCUCUUACCGUAGUACCACCAGUAAGUGGGUUGCUGUGAAAUCAAUUAUUGGAUCCAUGGAUGCAGGAAGCAGAUCUAGUAAAGAUGGAAAUUUAAAUAAAAAAGAUUCCGUUUCACAAAAAGGUCAGGAAAGUUCUACCACAACACAAAGAUCAGUAACAUCUAGUAGACGUCCAAGCAUGGAUAGGAGGUCUAUACAAAAAAGAAGUCUGACAACAGCAGACGGAAAACCAUGCCUUGUAAAGCAGAAUGCAAUUAGACUGUCCUCUGGGGAUUCCUCCGACAGAAGCCCAAGAAAGCUUGUGGUUGUAAAAUCUGCCAUCUGCCCAUGGGACAUGGACGAUACGCAAAAAGACAGCACUUAUGAUAGCGUGUUUUUAUCCAGGCAGAACAGCAAACAUAGUAGUAUAAGCUCUUGGGAAACUGCCAGCAGCUCCAGAACUCCGUCAACUCACAGAAGAGGUAGUAAUCGAGUUACACCAGUCUGUAAUGCUUCUUAUGCAGAUGUGUGUCCAUGGGAUGGAGCUGAUACUUUCCAGCAAGAAGCGGGAUCAAAACAGGAGCAGCCCAUUAAAGCAGAUGUCUGCCCAUGGGAAUCCCAGGUAUAUGAACGAUCAAAUGUAUGUCCAUGGGAAUCUCAAGAGCAAGGAUAUGUGAGAAGACAAGGAAGUGGUCGCGGUGAAGUACGUCCUUGGGAAUUGCAAGAUAUUCCGGUUAAUUCUCACACUAACCUGUCCAAAGAUUCACAGACACAACAGUCUUUGAAAUGUGCAGCAGAUGUAUGUCCCUGGGAGACCACAGAAACUCCCCAACCUUCAAUAAGCCUAGAUAAUGAAUAUGCUAGUGUUUGUCUUUGGGAUGUUCAGGACAAGGCUGAAGUUGUAUAUGAAAACCUGAAUCCUUUGGAGAGCAAGGAAACACUAACGGUGCCCCUUGGACAAGAAUUUAUGAAACCUGCCAUCUAUCCUGGUGCAUCAAAAGAACUUUUAGGUAAUGAGCAACAGUACCAUGCAAAAUCACCUGUCCUGAAUUGGGGUAAACAAGUUCCCAAGACAGCAGAAGGUUUUCCAUGGGAUUUCCCCAAUCCUCCUAAAAUCAUGGGAGAUAUUUGUCCAUGGGAAGAGGAGAGCACAGAACCAACACAUACAGACCUUACUUCACAAAUUACCAUCAAGGUAGAUGUUUGGGAACCUGGAAAUCAAGACAAACCAGAAGACUCACAAAAAUGCAUCUCACCUACCACACUGAGUGAGAGGAAAGACAGCACAAGAGCAAAUGUAUGUCCAUGGGAAGGUGAGCCCCUGGAAAAUCCUACAGUUACCAAGGUGCUGUCACAAGGACUGGAAAGGUCAGCAGAUGUUUGUCCAUGGGACACUGAGGAAACUAAAUCAGGAAAGCCAGAGACCCCCAAAACAUCAGAGAGUACAGUAAGACAAGACACAGCUAGAGGAAAUGUAUGCCCAUGGGAGACAGAGGAAGGGUCUGUCAAAGCUGAUGUAUCAAAAGCAUCAGAGAAGCUACAAGUGCAGAAAAUUUCCAGAGAAGAUGUCUGUCCAUGGGAAACAGAAAUCCCAAAAGGUCUGAAAGAGCAAGACACUGUUCAGGCAGAAAAGAUUACAGCUACGAGAAAGGAAGAUGGCAUUAGAGAUGAUGUGUGUCCAUGGGAAACAGAACAACCAAAAGUGCUCAGAAAACAAGAUAGCAGCCGGGCAGACAUUUGCCCAUGGGAGAGUGAAGAACCAGGAGUCAUCAAAAAGCAAGAUAGCACAAGAGGAGCCCUUUGUCCCUGGGAAUCUCAGGAUCCAGGAACAUCAACCGAGAGCAAGGUCAUUAUUCCCAAAACUGACAAAGAUGAAGUCACACAGAAUCUGGGUCCAUGCGGUGUAGAAGAGACUCCAGCAGAUACCAGCACAGAACAAACAGAUGGGUCUAAAUCAAACUUAGCUCUGGGCCGACGUGAUGCUUUGUGUCCCUGGGAGGUGGUGAGGAGCUCCUCUGGUUCAUUCACAGACAAUACCUCUGUCAUUUUUACAUGGGAGGCAGAGAACAUUCCAGAGGAAGAUGAAGAGGACAAUGCAGAGUCCGCUGCCGAGGCUCUCAUUUUCCCACCUGACCUGUGACCUAAUUUAGCCAGAAUUUACACAAAUUCUAACCCUUAGGUCAAAGGGAAUGAGAACUCUAAAAACACAUUUCCCCUGGCUGUCACACAACCACCAAAAUGGUUUUAUGAACCUCUCAAGUUCCACAGGUCAGAGGGCAGGGUCAGAUCAGAAACAGAUCUCCUGCAGCUGGCAAAGAUAAAAGCCCUUUGUGAUGGACAAUCACUGGAAGAUAAACUAUGUAAACUAAGGAGCUGGACACUGAGGGAAGUUUUCAUUUUACUGAAGCUCAAUGAUCCAGCAUUGAACUACAAACAGACAUUUCUUCAAUGAUGGGAGGUUAUCUUAUCAAUUAGAUGAAGUUCCUCUUCUUCCCGCUUCAACCCCCCCCAUAAAUUAUUUUUGUUGUUGUAUGCUUUUAGGUGACAAUUCACGUAUCUGCCAUCCAGAAUACUGGACAUAUGGCAGGGCUGAAUAUACUGUAUCGCAAAAUCUUAAUUUAAGUCCACAGGACUUAACAGAUGGAAUUUCAAUCGUAACCAGUACUUUGUUCUUACAGAAAUUCUAUUCAAAAAGUAGAAGUAAAAGUGUCAAGCAGCGCCACGACUAUGAGUCGGGUGUUAUUGAACUAAACUAUGCAUACCUGUGUCAUGUCUAGCAUUGAUUGUUACUCAAACUUUUGAUUCAAUCAUAACAGGAAAAGAAUAUCCCACUGUCUAAACAAUGCCAAAACUGCAUAAAGCUCCAUAAACUGGCUUAUACCCUAAAAACUAUACCCUUAAAACGUGGAGGAGAAUUGCAUUAGCCUUUUAUGCCUGAGCAUUUAGAAAGUCGAUGCUCUUUAUGUGGAUGCAGUUUCACUGGGACAUUAGAAGCAUGUUGUGAACAUUCUUUUUAAAUGUUUGGUACAUGCAACUGUAUGUGCACUGCAUUCUCUGAAGACGUUUGUGUUGCAGCUACGCGGCCUGCUACCAGCUCUGACCUGCACUCAGCCUAAAUGUUACAAAAUAACCCAAGUUAUGGAGGUGAGGCCACAGCUUCAGUGAAAAAGGUUUCGGUAUACUACAAAGGUUUCUGUGCAAAUAGUCACUGUGAUAACUGCUAGAAAUCUUUGGUAACACAGUCAUAGUCAAAUAUUUUAUGGACACUGAAUGGAACUAGAUCAUAAGACAUCAUUCAAUAGGAAACUAUUAUUAUGCAGAGAAACAGUAAAACUGUAGAAAUAGCCAGAGGUAUUUUUUUUAUUAAAUCAACUUAUGGUUUACUCAAAGAUAUAUUAUGUCUAUUAGAUAUCUUUACUACUGGCUAAACAAUUUCUUUACAUCAAGCGUGGCCCUAAAUUGAAAUGUCUGACAUUAAGUACAAGUUUCAGAUGCAGGUAACUGCAACGUAUUAAAAGCUGUUAUUUUGGAAAACAACCUCUAGUGAUUAAAACUUACAAUAUUAAAAAUGUGUAUAUUAAUGUUAUAAAGUCGUGUCUAUGCCAGAACUUAUUCAGUGAACUCGGGUGUCAGUUGUUUGAAAUGGUGAUCGUUAUCUGCACCUCUGCUGCCGUGUCAUUAACGCUAGGUUUCCUUCUUUCACAGAAGCUCAGCUGAUUCUUGCCAGUGAAGUGACCUGGUUUUGUGAGCAUUGUUGCAUGUUUGUGUGUUUUUGAAUAAGCGUGCUGUAAUUUGUUGUCAGGUAAAAUGAAGCUAUAUUGUUGUAACACACCCCUC